UCUUCUUUGUUUUAACUAGGCUCGAACGCUGCCCUUUUCCUCUACUCUCUCUCAUUCUGUUGGAUUGGGGGCCGCCCUUCUGGAACCAGUCAGUCAGCUGCCGCAUCCUUCCUUUUCCAAUAAUGGCGGAUGCCGCAACAAGCCAAAGCCCAUCACUAUCUGAGCAAUAUUUAUUGAAGGAGAAAGAGGAGAAGGCUGAUUUAGGUUCAAAGCCUGUGGAAGCAAAAGAAGAGGUAAAACCUGAAACUGCUAUUUCUGAAGAGAAAGCUGAGGAAGCACCAACAGCUGCUGCUGAAGAAAAAGUGGAAGAUACUGCCGCUACUGUUGCUGAAGAAAGCACUGAAACUAAUCCUGCUGCUGAAAACAACAGUGAAGAUGCUCCUGCUGUCGAAACAGAAAGCAGUGAAACUACUGAACAGAAAAACUCGGAUGAAGAAGAAGCUGCUGAUGAGACACCAGAGAUAAAGCUGGAAACAGCACCAGCUGAUUUCCGUUUCCCAACUACUAAUCAGACAAGGCACUGUUUUACCAGAUUCAUUGAGUACCAUCGGUGCGUAGCUGCCAAGGGCGAAGGUGCUCCUGAGUGCAACAAAUUUGCCAAAUAUUAUCGUUCUCUUUGCCCCAGUGAAUGGAUAGAGAGAUGGAAUGAGCAAAGGGAGAAUGGAACCUUUCCAGGCCCCCUGUAGAUGUUCUUGUUUGGAGAACUUUGUACCGUUUGUUUUCUCCUGUAUCCUUGUUUCUACCACCAGAUGAAUUUCUUUGAUGAGAAGUAAAUUCUUAGGAAAUGCCCUAUUUGAUCAGUGAGUUAAUAAGAAAUUUUGGCUUGUCCAUUAAGAAAUACAGCUCAAGUCUGACGACAGCAAAUGUUGUUGCCCAUCAUCUUUAAAAUGAAGCUUUUGUCUUCGUCAUUCCCUCCGCCCGUACCUCACCUUUUUUAACUGUCCCUUCAAGUUUGCGGUUUGUGAUCAUGGUUAUGAAUGAGUAUGCAUAAUCAAUUAACUUAAUUUUA